GGCUGAGCGCGGCGCACCGACGGACGCACCGACGCACCGUGCGCUGUGCGUAAUGGAUUUACUGCCGCCGGCGGAAAGUUGGGUUUUGUGAGGAGGCGAGCCCAGAGAAUGGACAGAGCAGGAGGAGGAUUUUAAGACAGGUGCAUGUUGUCUGGAAUCACAAAGAGAGUGGAAAUGCACGGAGCCUGGAUACUCUUCUUUCUCAUCAACGAGGGCUUUGCUCUGGCACAGAGGCCUAAAGACUCCCCAAGUGAUCACGGCGCUCCUAGCCCGAACCAGAAUGAAUGUGGCACCUGGAUCCGCAACAUUAACGGAGGGGUGUUCACGUCACCCAACUACCCCAACACCUACCCUCCCAACAAGGAAUGCGUUUACAUCCUGGAAGCUCUCCCUAGACAGAGGAUUCAGCUGGUUUUUGAUAAGAAUUACUACAUCGAGCCAUCAUUCGAGUGUCGCUUCGAUCACAUAGAGAUUCGCGACGGCCCGUUUGGCUUCUCGCCACUGCUGGACCGCUUCUGUGGGGGCAAGAAUCCCGGUUUGGUCACAUCAACAGGGCGUUUCAUGUGGAUCAAGUUCAACAGUGAUGAGGAGCUGGAAGGCCUCGGCUUCCGCAUAAAAUACACAUUUGUUGCAGACCCUGAUUUCCAUCUGCAUGUGGGCGGACUGCUGAACCCCAUCCCAGACUGUCAGUUUGAAAUUGGUGGAUGGGACGGAAUUAUUCGCUCCAGCCAGGUGGAGGAGGAAGACAAAGUGAAGGCUGGUGAUGCUCUGGACUGUAUCUGGACCAUCAGAGCUCCUCCUCACUCCAAGAUCUACCUGCGCUUCAUGGAGUACCAAAUGGAACACUCUAAUGAAUGCAAGAAGAACUUUGUAGCGGUGUAUGACGGCAGCAGUGCCAUAGAGAACCUCAAGGCCAAGUUCUGUAGCACGGUGGCUAACGACGUGAUGUUAGAUAAUGGCGUUGGCGUUGUACGGAUGUGGGCUGAUGAGAAGAGCCGGCUCACUCGCUUCCGCAUGCUUUUCACGUCAUUUGUCGACCCUCCGUGCUCAGCCAGUACCUUCUUCUGCCACAGUAACAUGUGUAUCAACAACUCUCUGGUUUGUAACGGGGUGCAGAAUUGUGUCUACCCAUGGGACGAGAAUCACUGCAAAGAAAAGCGUUCUAAGGGGCUCUUCCAUCAGAUCACAAAAACCCAUGGCACAGUUAUUGGUGUUUCAUCGGGUAUAGUUCUGGUUCUGCUUAUCAUAUCAAUCCUGGUCCAGAUGAAGCAGCCGAGGAAGAAGGUUGUAGCCCGCCGGCCUGGUGUUUUCAACAAGGCAGGCUUCCAGGAGGUCUUUGAUCCACCCCACUACGAGCUCUUUUCUCUCCGGGACAAAGAGAUAUCGUCAGACCUGGCUGACCUGUCCGAGGAGCUGGACAGCUUCCACAAGAUGCGACGUUCCUCUACUAUGUCCCGCUGUGUCCACGAGCACCACUGCGGCUCACAAGCCUCUGUUGCUACUGGUAGUGGCAGCAUGAAGCACAGCCGCACCACCCUGAGUUCCAUGGAGCUGUCCUACCACAACGACUUUUCCAAACCACCACCUAUGAAGACUUUCAACUCCACAGCCAGCUACAAGAAGAGCUGCUACGGCUACAAGCAGCACUCACAGACUCAUGAGUGUGACCAGCAGGUCAUUGAGGAUCGCGUCACAGAGGAGAUCCCUUGCGAGAUCUAUAGCCGUGGAGGAGGAGGAGCUACAGGUGGAGGAGCAAUAGGAGGAGGUGCAACCGGAAUGGCAGGAGGAGGAAUUGGUGGAGCAGUGGGUAUAACGGGCGGAGUGGCCAUGGGUGGAGGAAUGGGCAUGGCGGGUGGAAUGAGCAUGGCGAGUGGAAUGGGAAUGGCGGGUCCUAGCGGCAUUGCUGGAGGCAUUGGUGGUGGUAUGGCAGGAGCCUGCGGAACCCUCACUAUCCGUGGCAACAGCGCUCGUAACAGUACCACCAUAGUUGACCCGCAACAGCGUUCCAUGUCCAUGGACUUUUAGGAUCAAGAAGAAGAGAGAAGAUGGAAUUCAUAUGGACCUCGCAUUCCACUUAUGGAGUAGAAGAGGAAGAAGAAGAGAGACCAGAACAGUCACACUCAUCAUAAUCCUCUUUGGUCCCAUCUUCUGGCUUUACUCUCUACACAAACCUAAAAGUAUUUGGGAAGAAAAGGAGACAAGAACCACAGAAAAAAACAUCCCUCACAUCAGGAACGUGAAGAAUGUGGAGUAAAGUCCUGGAGUCACUGAUUCUCUCCUUUCAUUAGACAUUAGUAAGAAGAACCAGACUUCUGUGUUUCUUUAGAAGAUAAGGAAACCACCUCGGUGCAUGGAGAGGAACCAGUGAACGAUGUCCUGGACUGAUUUUUAUUCUUUAAUGAUUUUUUUUUUUUACAUUUAUCCACCUGCCAUGCACAGUUAUAUGAUAUAUAAUAUAUAGUGCGUCUUUAAUAACUUAUUUCAGUCUUUCUUUUUUGUCGGUGUACUGUACUGUUAAUACCAGUAUAUAUCCAGCCUCAUGACAAUGCUUGGCUUUUAACUCUUUAAUGUUUUUUAAAUUGUUGCUCAGAUGAUUUGACGACGAGGACGUGAUGCCAUCGAGUGUGACGAGAAUGAAGCCACUAACUGAUGGCGAUGCUAAAGAUUUGAUAUUAUUAUUAUUAUUAUUAUACUGAUGUUAUAGUCUCCGUGGUUACCUCACACAUGCACAGAAGGUACACUUUUGAGCACAUGAACAGACUGGUUUUGGUGUGAAAUUGAGAGACUGUUUCUGCUCUGUUUGCUUCAUGGGCAUUGAGGAUAUGAGAGAUCAAUACCAGAGAAUGAAAUCUUUACUUGUGAGACACAAACUGAAGCAAAAUAGCAAACUUCUCACUCCUGAACUCCACCACAUCUAUGAGAAAAAGAAAAAAAAAACACCUAUCAUUUCUCAAAUUCUGCCAUGAAGUGACACUGUAAAACAAGCACAAACUCUUUUCCUGUCUAUCCUCGAUGAGACGUUUGAUUUAAAACACUGGUUGUAUAAUUUUAUUCUCUUGAAUUAAACGAGCGCCUACUCACUU